GACGGCCGGCCCCGCUCCCUCAUGCCCUCAUCGCUCCCCUCAUCCCCUCAUCGCUCCCCUCAUCCCCUCAUCGCUCCCCUCAUCCCCUCAUCGCUCCCCUCAUGCCCUCAUCGCUCCCCUCAUCCCCUCAUCGCUCCCCUCAUCCCCUCAUCGCUCCCCUCAUGCCCUCAUCGCUCCCCUCAUGCCCUCAUCGCUCCCCUCAUCCGCUCCGUCCCCGGCGGGGCGUUCCCCGCCGCUCCGGUACCGACCCGCGGCAGGUGAGGGAGCGGCGGGGAGGCCGCGGGGCUGGAGGGGUCGGGGAGCGUGAGGGGAGCGGAGGGACCGCGGCCACCCCCGGCCAGCGGUGGCGCCGGUCAGGCUGUCACCCUGGCAAGGCGCCAGGAGGACUCUGCUCCUGCCAGCACAGCUCUGUUCCACUGCUCCCUGGGUGAACAGGUGAAGCCAGCCCACAGAGAAACUUCACUCACCUUUUAAUGACUGUCAAAAAACAGCACUGCCACGGCCUCCUCCUGCCCAGCAGAGCUGCUCCGCAGAGCCAGAGGGAUGGUGGUAGUCACGGGGCAGGGCAAAGGGAGUGCCACCCCGGAUGAUGCCAUGUCGAGCUCGGAUGCAGAGGAUGAUUUCCAAGAGCCGGCCACCCCCACCGCCACCCAGGCAGGACAGGCGCUGCCGCUGCUGCCUCAGCAGUUCCCAGAGGUUGUCCCCCUGAACGUGGGCGGGAUGUUCUUCACCACCAGGCUGUCCACGCUGCGCAGGUACGAGGACACCAUGCUGGCUGCCAUGUUCAGCGGCAGGCACUACAUCCCCACGGACGCCGAGGGCAGGUACUUCAUCGACAGGGAUGGCACCUACUUCGGAGACAUACUAAACUUCCUCCGAUCUGGUGACCUGCCCCCCCGAGAGCGAGUGAGACCACCUGGAGCGGAUCAUCGAGAUCGCCAAGCUGCGCGCCACGCAGCGGAAGGCGCGCUUCGCCAAGCUCAAGGUGUGCGUGUUCAAGGAGGAGAUGCCCAUCACCCCCUACGAGUGCCCCCACUUCAACUCGCUGCGCUUCGAGCGCAGCGAGAGCGACACCAAGCUCUUCGAGCACCACUGCGAGGUGGACGUGUCCUUCGGGCCCUGGGAGGCCGUGGCCGACGUCUACGACCUGCUGCACUGCAUCGUCACCGACCUGUCUGCGCGCGGCAUCGCCGUGGACCACCAGUGCAUCGGCGUGUGCGACAAGCACCUCGUCAACCACUACUACUGCAAGCGCCCCAUCUACGAGUUCAAGAUCACCUGGUGGUGAGCCGGGCUGGGCAGGGCACGGCGGGACCCCCACGGGAGAAAUGGGCUUGGAAGGAGAGCUGCUGGUCAGUGGUGGCUGAGCAGAGACAAAGACUUCCAGAGGACAUUUGUUCUUUCAAGGUGAGCUGCUGGUCAGUUGUGGUGGCUGAGCAGAGACAAAGACUCCUACAGGACAAUUGUUCUUUCAAGGUGAGACAAUUGUUCAGAGACAAAGACUUCUAGAGGAUAAAUGUUCUUUCAACAUGAGCUGCUGGUCAGUGGUGGGGCUGAGCAGAGGAGAGGACAAAUGUUCUUUGUGAGUUGUGGUGGCUGAGCAAAACAUGGAAGGACUCCCAGAGGAUAAAUGUUCUUUCAACAUGAGCUGCUGGUCAGUGGUGGGGCUGAGCAGAGACAAAGACUCCUACAGGACAAUUGUUCUUUCAAGGUGAGCUGCUGGUCAGUGGUGGUGGCUGAGCAGAGACAAAGACUUCUGGAGGAUAAAUGUUUUUUCAUCAUGAGCUGCUGGUCAGUGGUGGUGGCUGAGCAGAGACAAAGACUUCUAGAGGAUAAAUGUUUUUUCAUCAUGAGCUGCUGGUCAGUUGUGGGGCUGAGCAGAGGAGAGAAGGACUCCUACAGGACAAAUGUUCUUUGUGAGUUGUGGUGGCUGAGCAAACCAUGGAAGGACUCCUAGAGGACAAAUGUUCUUUCUGAUGAGCUGCUGGUCAGUGGUGGUGGCUGAGCAGAGACAAAGACUUCUAGAGGAUAAAUGUUCUUUCAAGAUGAGCUGCUGGUCAGUGGUGGGGGCUGAGCAAACCAUGGAAGGAUUUCUAGAGGAUAAAUGUUCUUUGUGAGUUGUGGUGGCUGAGCAAAGCAUGGAAGGACUCCCAGAGGAGAAAUGUUCUUUCUGAUGAGCUGCUGGUCAGUGGUGGCAGAGCAAAGGGAUGAAAGGACUCCUGGAGGAGAACUGUUCUUCCAGGAUGAGGCGCUGGUGAGCUCUGCUGGCUGAGCAAAGGAUGGAAGGACUCCUAGGGGACAAUACUCUGUCAAGGUGACCUGCUGGUGAGCUGUGGCACAGCAAAGGGUGGAAGGACUGACUCCCAGAGGACAAAUGUCCUUUCAGGAUGAGCUGCUGGUGAGCUGUGGUGGCACACUGAGGGGUGAGAGGACUCCCAGGGGACAAAUGUCCUUUCAGGAUGUGCUGCUGGUGAGCUGUGGUGACACACUGAGGGGUGAGAGGACUCCCAGGGGACAAAUGUCCUUUCAGGAUGUGCUGCUGGUGAGCUGUGGUGACACACUGAGGGGUGAGAGGACUCCUGGAGGACAAAUGUCCUUUCAGGAUGUGCUGCUGGUGAGCUGUGGUGACACACUGAGGGGUGAGAGGACUCCCAGGGGACAAAUGGCCUUUCAGGAUGUGCUGCUGGUGAGCUGUGGUGGCACACUGAGGGGUGAGAAGACUCCUGGAGGACAAACGUUCUUGGCAGUUGCGUUGCUGCUCACAUUCCUUGGGAUCAGCUGCUGGCAGGGGUUGGGAAAACCUCUGGAAACUUGAAAAACCAGCCUGAAAUCAGACUGUCUGCUCAGGUACCUUCACGAGGCACAAAACAAAAUCACCUCAUGGAAAGGAUGGAUGGAGGGCAUGGCUGAACAUCUGCUGAAAGGUGCCACCAACCACGUGGCUCCAGGGUGGAAUUGCAGAUUUUUCAUGCGUUUUUGGGAAUCUGGGGUGCUACUAAAGCUGACGUUACAGUUUUACCCUCUUAGAAAUGUUUGAGUUCCUCCUUCAACUUUAUAAAAUUUGAGUCACACCCAGCACAAAGAUUCUGGAGAUGUCAUUUUGAUGUACUAGAUAAUUUAAGAAAAAAAAAGUAUUCCCUAUAUAUUAUUAAUUGUUGUCAGGGUUAAGCUGUAUUUCUUUUUUAAUUAAGAAUCUAUGUUGUGAAUUAUAAUGUUAUACUUCAAUUAUUUCCAUUGUUAUCAAAAGGAAUAGCAGAUCUGGAAUAUAUUCCUUAAUGCUUUUAGGAAUAAUAACUGUUUAUGGAAGACUUGUGCCUGUUUUUAGCCUUAGAAAUUCUAAAUGUUUACAAUAUCUACAAAAAAAAAGCUCUUUAGAAUCAGGUCAUUUACAAAGGCUUUUGGUAACUGAGAAAAUCCUGUCUGUAUGUUCCUAUUAGCAGUAGUAAGAGGAAUAUUUAAUGUAUAUUAUUUUAUUACUGACUCUUUUUACAUUCUGUGAUAUUAAACUUUAUUUUAGACUUAAAGUCAGAUGACAUUAGACAAGUGCUUCCUUCACCUCACCUUUUCCAGACAAUUAAAUCUUAAUUUUAUCCUUCUUGUUGACCCUUCUUGGUGUCAUAGAAGGGAAAACAAAGUUCAAACUUCAUAUUCAGAUACUUCUCCACUCUAAAGCAGUAGGAAAUUUCUUUCCAUGCUGGAAGAGGCAGCCACUGCAGAAUCAUAUUUUCUUCAGAAGGUCAUUUUGUACUUCUGACAUGAGCAACAGCAUCCCAAAUUUCAACUGUGGAAUUCAGCCCAGAACUGAGAGGGAGAAAAGUCUGAAAAUCUCAUUGUUUUGUGAGGUACAGAAAACUCCAACCCGCUUGAAGGGGCUUCAAAAUAAUCCUAAAGAGAGGGAAAAAUUAAAUAUUUGCAUAUUGCAUUCCAUUGGAUUAAUUAAUCCAACAAUAUUGCUUAACUAAACUUCUGACCAAAAUUCUUACGAAACAUUAAUGACAGUGAUCAAAAUUCUCCUCCAUUUUCUGAGGCAAUUUUUAGAAUAAGAACUUCAGGAUCAAAUUGUCUUGCAAAAAAAAAAGAGACUUUUUUUUGCCUUGUCACCCUUUUAGAUGUUUAAUUUAGGAAUGGAAUUGUCUCUCUGAGGUGGGUGUCUCCUGCUGAUCUCUGCAAUCCUGGCACAGGAUCAUUGUCGAGUGCUGACUUUCAAGGGCAGAGAGAAAUUUGAAUAGAGGGAGUUCUGCACAUUUGGAUCUAAAUUUGUUUCAAUUGUUUCCUGAAAUAAUGGCCUCGGUGUUACAGGUCCUUGGAGUUGUGUUUGGCAACCCGAAAUUAAAAGUUAAACUGAGACUGAAGUUCCCUGCAAAGAGAGGAAGUUUUGCUUGGUUUCUUUGCUGCCUUCAUUUUUUCUUUCUUUCCAAGGAAUCUAAACUGCAAACCCCAAUUUCAUAUAAAAUUGAAUAACAUCUUAAAGCUGAGCCUUACAAAGUUUUAGCUGCUUGUGCACUUCAGAUAUUUAAGUUCAGGAUUUUCAGAUAUUUAAUUUCCAGAAUUACAGAUAUUUACAGUUUCAUAUUUACAAUAUUCAGAUUACAAUGAGAAUUGCAGUUUUACUGGAAUUUUCAGUGGGGUUUUUUUACCACUUCCUAUAAAUGUAUUUACAGAACUCUGGUUGGAAUUCCAGCACUCCCUGCAGAAAUGGAUCAUAAUUUGAUUUUCACAGUGUGUUUUCUGGUUUGGCUUUAGGAAUUUCCCUGCUGUUGUUCAGGAAAGGCUGUGAUGACAAAAUUCCUGUUUCAGUCAUUUUGUUCCUCCUUAAUAUGCACACACUGGGAUUUUGUAACUUUUUCCUGUUCAUUGCUUAAAUAAUUAAGGAAAGCGACCCAACUAAAAAAAAAAAAAAAGAAAAUCUUUGUAUCAGCCAUGUCUUAAUCAAAGUUCUCACCCUCCUGAAGACAUUAAGUGCAAUACUGGAAAGGAAAACAUGAAUUUUAGCUGACAAGCUUUAAUUUAGUGCUGGGAUGUGUGAUUUGUUCAGGUUAACAAUAUUUUAGUUGUUCCAAGCAGUCUUUGUUUACAAGGAUUUAGCUGCCCUUGCCCAGCCUGUGCUCAUUUUUUGCAGAAGCAGAAGAAUUGUGCAGGUGGAUGGCAGGGGAGUGUAAUCUAAAACUGGGUUGUGGAACGUGAUUGAUUCUCUUAUCUGGGCCUGUAGCUUUGAAAUUCCACAUUUGCAACAAAAAAUGGGAGUGGCUGAUCUCUUAAAUCUGUGUUUGAGAGGACUGAGGAUUUUUGUAUAGAAUUGUAGCAUUAAACUAUGGAAUACUGCUUCUUUUUUUUCUUUUUUUUUUCCUUUAGUACUUUUCUUUAUAUCUGGGCAGAGUUCUGAGCAGAGUUCUGCUAAUACAUAUUUUUCUCUGCUCCCUUAGUUUUUUUUUCCCACUUUAUCAUUUCCAAAGCCACUUUCCCACCCUCACACUCCCAAAUCUCUGUGUUAUGGUCUCCUGUCCAUUUAAAUGUUGGAGGAAUGGUGGGACAGUUGAAGGAUAUUUAUUUAAAAUUAAAACUGUUAUUUUUUUUAAAUUGCUGUGUGUGAACAAAAACAUGACAAUUUUUAACUUUCCCUUUUAUAUCCAUUGUGGAGUGGUUUUUAACAGGGAACAAAGGGAGGUCUCAUGUGGAGUGAGCUGGCCAAUUCCACAGCACAUGAAAUGUUUCUGUCUCUGUUUUGUAGGAAGGAAUAAAAACAAAAUUAAAAUAGGAAAAUAAACAAAAGGAAAAUUAUCCUUAUGAAGCACUCAAAAAUGACAUGAAAAGGUGUUUGUGUACAGCAGCCACUUAUUGGCUGCUGAGCUCAAGAGUUUAAAAAUAUAUCUAAAAAUAACUUUUGGAUUUGGUGUAGACUUUUAACUUGAAUAUCCAAUAUUCUGCACAGGAAUCUGAAAUAUUCCUUGCUGAACCUCCAUCCUCCUCAGAGGAGAGUGAAGGUGCUGCCAGCUUUGGUCUGGGAAGCCUUUGUGCCCUAAGCAGAUCCUCUGUGGUCCUUGUGCACCUGCUGGAUUUUUAAUUCUAAUUUUUAUUUAAACCUACAAUGAGGGAUCAGUUUCUGCAUCAUCAAGGGUGUGAGUUCUGGGUUUUUUUGGAAGCACUUCAGGUUUAGUUACCUUAAACAAAAGCAGUAAAUUAUUGCAGCAGGAAUUUCUACAUCACUUCCUUUUAAGAUUUUUUUUAAGUUUUAGGGAAACACCUCAUGAUGUCAUAUGCAAAUACCUAAAUUUGUUAAUGUGAGUAUUUUUGAGUGAGGUGUCUGGGCUGAGCAUUCCCAGUUAAAGACUCCAACUGGAUCCCCCCUUCAGCCCCUUCUCUAACCUCUCACAGCCACAAUUCCAUGGACAGGAAAUUCCUGUCCUCUGCUGCACCCUCAGAUUUAUUUGCCAGGUGAAUACUCAGUCUAUUUUAAACUCAUUAUUAAAUUAAUAUUUUAAUAUCGCAGUAUGGUGACUGUUAGUUGCUAAAGAAUCUUAUUUAUAAAAUCUCAUUACUCUCAAAAAUAUCUGGAUAAAUGGAUUAAACUAACAGAGAACACAUUCACUUUAAUUUCACUCUUCUGCUUUAUUCUUUUUCUAAUGACUGUUAAGAAAUAUAAAUAUAUCUUCUUUUAAGGGCUUACACAGGAAUAUGUAUUCAGCCUAAGAACUGUAUUUUGGGAGCUGAGGGCCUUGCUGUGCCCUGCACGAUCCCUCAUCUGUUUAUUGGGGUUUUUUUCUUCCCUAAAAAGCUAAUUACUGACAUAAUUAAAAGUUUUGUAGCUUCAUUAGGCAUUUGCAGGCCGAGGGAGCCCAGGUUUAUCCUCAUUGUUCAGAGAUGAGAGGGGACACGGUGAGGGGGAUGGAGGUGGCAGCAGGGAGGAAUUCCUGUCAGAGCUGCAGAAUUGUUCUUUGUGUUUGCUGAGGCACAGAACACGCACCCAAUUUGUGUGGAAAUCCAUCAGGGUGGGAGAGGAAAGGGGAGAAAACCCCGGGGCUGUGGAUUGCUCACACACAAAUCUGCUUCAGAGCACCUGGGUGCCACAGCAGUGACACCCGGGACACAAUGCCAGGGGUAAGGGAGGACUGCAGGGCAGGCACCACAGAAAAAUCAUCUCUCAACUCAUCCUGAACUCCGGGAGAGAUUCCUCUCACUUCUUUUAAUGAUUCCUUUCACUUCUUUUAAUGACUGCUGUACCCUGGACAAUUUAUAGACUCCACUGGUUUAAAGUUGUGGUUGGCAUUACUGAGCCCUGAAAACGUUUUUAGGUUUUUCACACGCAGCACAGAGGACCCAGGAUAGUUCUAAAUUUUGGGCUAUGACAAAAAAAAAAACCCCUUCCAUCUUUCAUUAUCUCUCUGCAAACAAGCUGAUUUCAGAGGAUAAUUCUGUUCUGUUAUUAUCUCCUGUAUAUAAUUCUCUAACUGGAAAUCACUUUCCAGAACAGCAGUUCGUAGUCGUUUUACUUACACAAGCUUAGUAUAAGUUUACCUCCACUUUCACUGUGACUUUUAUAAAUGGAUUUUGUUUUGCUGAAUUAUAAAUUGUAUGUGUCUAUGCAUUGUAACCCGUAAUGCCUUUGAAAAUCCAGCCUGGAUGCUAAUGAUCAGGGUUUGGAAUUAUCUCCAAAUGUGUUUUGUUAUUAAUUAUGUUGAUGUGUGAUGUUCAAUACUGUGAGUACUGCAGUGUAUUAUUUCUUAAUACUUUUUUCAGUUCAGGUAAUAUAUAGUCUGUAUGUUUUUUAUUUAAAACACAUAGAAGAAAAUGUGGAUAUAAAGGUUGUGUUGUGCAAUAAAAGAUUAUGAUACUGACAACUGUUGGAAUUCUGGCUCAUCUGGUCUGCAGCCACUGCAGUGCUUUUCCUCACUUUCCUUGGGAUUUGAGUGUGCUUUGCCUGAUUGCAAAUGAAAACGAAGACAGGAAUCUGUGUCCGGGCUGUUUUAAUGGCAUUUGGUGGUUUAUCAUCACUUCUGAGCAGACGGCACUUGUGACACGGCCCGGGAUCAGCUCAUUCCAAUGAUUCCCAUUCCAUCCCUCCCUCCCCACCCACUGCUGUGACAGAGCACGGGGACGGUCCCAGCAAUGUCCCCGUGGUCCUGCAAUGCUCAAAAAGAACCUUUUGCCUGUUUUCAGAAGAAUUUCCCUUUGUUCUGAAGUCAUUUCCUUGCCGUACAUCUGUCCUGCUGGAGCGCUCCUGGCUCACUGUGGGAGGUCCGUGCUGAGAAAAAAAGAAGAAAAGAGGGGGGG